AUGUCUGGAACUGGAAUGUUGUGGAGAUGGAGGAAAGUCAAAGACGCAACAAAACCUCUGUUGCUCGUCACUUCCCGCUUCCGGUCUUCACGAGCAAUCUCCACGCACUUUAACUACUUAAACAUCGGCUGUAACCGUCGGAAGGAAUCUUUAAUCGGAAUCCAAGAGCGUUACAAGUGGGGGAAUUCUAAGGACGACAACAACAACAACAACAACAACGUCACCAAUGUUCGCAAAAUUAGGGCAGAAGCCAAUUGUCCGAGGUGCUCUAAACACAUGGAUGUGCUCUUCUCGAAUCGGAGUUUCCUAUUUAGUAAUAACUCUAAUCUUGAUCGUCAUCCUUAUUUGAAUCAUCUCAACAACAACAAUAAUAAUAGUAGUAAUUCUAGUACUGCUGAUAGUGGCGAUUGUAAUGGAAAUGGGCAGAAUAAUACUAAUAAUUAUCAGGCUGUGAAUUUCUGUCCGAAUUGUAAGACAGCCUAUUAUUUCAGGCCGAAUAAGAUUGCGCCGUUACAGGGUAGUUUUGUUGAGAUUGGUAGGAUUGGUAAUAAGGGGAAUGGGAGAAAUGGGAAGAAGGGAAGUAAGGAAGAGAGUCAUGGUGGUGGUGAAGAGGGGGAGGAUUAUGCAAAUGUUACCUAUAGUAUUAAUAAGAGGUUAAGGGCGUCAUUUUGGGAGACGUUGAGGUCAUAUGGAGGGGAUCCGCCGGAGAAUUGGCCACCGGGGAUUCCUCCUCCGUCGCCACCACCGGGUGAGAAUGGGCUGGCUGUGCAUACACCUCCUGGUCCGCCAUUUGCUCCGGGGGUUAAUGUGGUUAGGGCUGCUGGGCCAGGCAGAGAAAAGAGUGGUGGUGGUGGUGGUGGUGGGAAUGGAGCUGGUGAGAAGAAUGGUGCUGGAUGGGGUGGGUCGAAUUUGGGGAAGGAAUUUCCGACGCCAAAGGAGAUUUGCAAAGGUCUUGAUAAGUUUGUUAUUGGACAAGACAGAUCAAAAAAGCAUGUGUUUGUUGAUUAUGGUUUAUCAUUGUAUGCCAAAGAUGCCUUGCUUCAUAUUGUAGAUAUCAAAUGGUUCUGGUUUGGGGCACUGAGUGAUAAACCAUCAGAUAUUUACUCAGAUUACAAUGUCCUUUCUGUGGCUGUCUACAACCAUUAUAAGAGGAUUUACCAUGCCUCCUUACGGAAAGGGUCAGGAGCAGAAUCAGGAACUUCGGAGGCUAUAGAUGAUGACGAUAAUGUUGAGCUAGAAAAAAGCAAUGUACUCUUGAUGGGCCCAACUGGUUCAGGGAAGACAUUGUUGGCAAAAACACUAGCACGCUUUGUGAAUGUGCCAUUUGUGAUUGCUGAUGCGACAACGCUAACUCAGGCAAGCCUACUUUGCAUUCAUAUUGCUACAAGACUGAAAAUACCUCGUGCGGAAUUUAAUGUGCAAGCAGCACAACAAGGAAUGAUCUACAUUGAUGAAGUUGAUAAGAUAACAAAGAAGUCUGAGAGCUUAAACAUAAGCAGAGAUGUUUCUGGUGAGGGUGUCCAACAGGCAUUAUUGAAAAUGCUGGAAGGAACUAAGUUAUGGUUGAUUUUGGGUGUAGCUGAAGAGAUGGUUUGUACUUUAGGGAGCUAUUCUAAGGGGGAUGUUUCCUGUAUAGCAGUUAUCUGCAAACUACAGAUAGUAAAUGUUCCUGAGAAGGGGGCAAGGAAGCAUCCUCGGGGUGAUAAUAUACAGAUAGAUACAAAAAAUAUCCUCUUUAUAUGUGGUGGAGCUUUUGUUGAUCUUGAAAAGACCAUUUCAGAGAGGAGGCAAGAUUCAUCAAUUGGAUUUGGAGCACCUGUUCGUGCUAAUAUGAGAGGAGGUGGAGUUACCAAUGCUGCAGUCACUUCGUCUUUGCUAGAAUCCGUUGAGAGUGCUGAUCUUAUUGCGUAUGGCCUUAUACCAGAGUUUAUUGGACGUUUUCCAAUAUUAGUUAGUUUGGCAGCUCUAACUGAGGAUCAACUUGUUCGGGUUCUCAUGGAUCCAAGAAAUGCUCUUGGUAAGCAGUACAAGAAAUUGUUUAGCAUGAAUAACGUGAAGCUACAUUUCACUGAAAAAGCACUAAGACUAAUUGCCAAAAAGGCAAUGGCUAAGAAUACUGGUGCCAGGGGUUUAAGAUCCAUACUUGAAAGCAUACUAACUGAAGCUAUGUAUGAGAUUCCAGAUGUUAAAACAGGAAGCGAUAGAGUAGAUGCUGUUGUAAUCGAUGAGGAGUCUGUAGGUUCGGUAAAUGCUCCUGGAAGUGGUGGGAAAAUUCUGCGUGGAGAUGGUGCUUUGGAGCAUUUCCUAGCAGAAUAUAAGUUAAAGAAUUCAGUGGACGCUGUUGACGCAGCUGAUGGGGAGUUGCAGGAGGCUGAAUCAGAGCGAACAUGUGGAUAUGUAAGGUUGGAUUUCUGUAAUGUUUCUAUCUUCAGCAGCUGUGCUUGGCCACAGAAGAAGAUUUUAAAGGUGCCUAAUUCCCUAAUCAAGCCAGCCAAAAACGAGUCCUAUUCUAGAUUAGGUUAUCAAACGCCUAACAUGUGGAGGGAUGACUUCUAUCUUACACUGCUUAGCAACAAGUGGGUAGAGAGUUGUAAGCCAAGACCCCCACCUGAAUCUACUAACAAUAAGAAUAUUGCUGCGGAUAAUAAAGAAGCUGCCAAUGGUGGUAAUAAUGUUAUUGCAGCACAAACUUUCACUUUCCGGGAGCUGGCCACGCUACAAAGAAUUUCCGAUAGGAAUGUUGUGGCUGUGAAGCAACUUGAUAGGAAUGGUUUGCAAGGUAACAGAGAGUUUCUUGUUGAGGUGUUGAUGAUGAGUCUAUUGCACCAUCAGAAUCUAGUAAAUCUUAUUGGAUGUUGCGCUGAUGGAGAUCAAAGACUUCUGGUGGAGAACGUGCCAAUGGAAUCCCUUGAAGACCAUCUAUCAGAUAUUGCACCAGAGCAAAAGCCAUUAGAUUGGUUCUCAAGAAUGAAGAUAGCAUUAGGAGCUGCUUUAAAAUACUUGCACGAUAAUGCAAAAUCUUCCAGUCAUAUAUCUUGA